AAAAGCCUUCCAGAAUCCAGAGAACCUGUAAACACUGACAGCGAAAGCUUGCUCCUGAGGAAAACUUCUUCUUGUUCGUUAGGAUGAAAUAAUAAUAAAAAAAAAAACCCUAACAAGGUCGGUUGGGCUCUUCGUCUCCCACCUUCUAAUCUCUCUUAUUUUAAUCCCUUUUUCGUCCCAAAGUCCUCCAACAUUCGAAUUCCUGGUGAAUUAGGACUUCCGCAGUGCGAUUUCUGGCACUUACCGACCCGUACUUCCACACAGCGGAUCGCUCGAACGGAAUUUCGUUGUGGUAAUUUUGUUCGAAACAAAGGAACCUAGCCUGACCGGCGGGGAAUGGAAGGAUUGGAGGCUGCCGGGCAAGGGAAUCGUUCGACGAAACGAUUUUGGAGUUCUGUGAGAGAGUUGGAAGUGUCACGUGAUCGAAUUUGAACAAUCGAGAGCAGUUAUGGUGGUGGAACAUGCCGCAAGCUUUUGGGUAAUGGAUAGCAUCAGUUUGGUGCACGAGGAAAUGGGAAGGAUGGAGUCUUUCUGAGAGAAAGCGGCACGGCUGUGAAAGAUGCCACCUUCGCCAGUGCUGCGGUUCUCUCCUGGGAGGGAGCGUCGAAUGGAGAAGGCUCACAAGAGGGGCCGCAGUUUUGAGAGCGGAUUUCCUCUCAAAAACAAAGAGGAUGAUCUUGCCCUGUUUAAGAACAUGCAGAACAGGGAAAGGGAUAACUUCUUGCUCCAUACUUCUUAUGAUUUCGAAGACUCUAUUUCCAAAUUAAGAGACUCUUCGGAUUUCAACUUUGGCAUAACCACCAUUCCAGUUCGAAGAGAGAGCAGUGACCUGCUGAAUGCAGAUGCUGGUAAAAAUGACUAUGACUGGCUAUUAACUCCACCUGACACUCCUCUUUUCCCAUUCUUGGAUGAUGAUGAUGAACCUCAACUAGCCAAACUUUCUCAGAGGGGAAGGCCGAGAGCUCAACCCGUUCCCAUUUCAAGAUCAUCCAUGGCUGACAAGAUGCACAAGACAAGUAGAAGCAGUGCCAGUCCGCAUCGACGAAGUCCAUCUCCACGAUCUAGUCAUAGUGUAAGUCAGUCAAAAGGAAGGUCAUCUUCUGCUCCUCGUUCUAGCCAGUCUCCAGUUUUGCGACCAAUCACGCCUACACGAAGACCCUCUACUCCUCCAAAAAAACCCUCGUCACAUACUCCAAGGUCUUCAACUCCCAUGUUGCAGAGGUCAAACUCUGGUUCAAGCUGGCAGUCAUCUUCUUCAGGAAAAAGGGGAGCAUCUCCCGUAAGGACAAGUCGCGGAAAUUCAGCUUCUCCAGAAUUACGAGGAUGGCAACUGAACCUUCUCGGUUUCUCUUCUGAUGCGCCUCCAAACCUUCGAACUUCUCUAUCAGAUCACCCAGCAUCACAUAGAAGAGGUUUGCCGCCAGCAUCCAGAAAUUCAUCAUCAAAUUCUCGAAGGCAAUCGAUGUCACCAACAGCAUGUAGAAGUGCCAGUUUGUCACACUGCCAAGAAAGAGAUCAGAUGAGUUCCCACGGUAGGGGCUCUGUAGCAUCUUCAGGUGAUGAUGUUUUUGACUCUCUGCAGUCAGUUGCUGUUGGUAUUUCUGUCAGCCCGACUGCAAAAAAAUAUGGAGUUGUAGGUAAUAGCAGAGCUAUGGCAUUUUCAAAGAAACCAUUAAGAACACUUUCUGCAAGUUCUGCCCAUACAAGAUCCUUUGAUUCUGCACUUCAACAGAUGGAAAAUCACAAAAUUCCCCAGAACAUGUUCAGGCCACUUCUAUCAAGUGCGCCAGCGGCAAAGUCCUAUGUUGGGGAAGCCAAUAAUCUACACCGUGCUAUGAUCACCAAGAAUUCUUCACUCAUAACUAGCAAAAAUGCAAGUUCCAAGCAAACUACCAGUAUUGCUCAUGAUAUUGUUAGCAACAACUAUGACCAGAAUUAUCUGGCCAGUGGUUGGAGAAAAAUGCAAGAUCUUGACUGCCAAGAAGAAGCUUUUAUCUCGGAUAAGGUGCAUGAGAUGGUUGAUGGCCUUGGGCACGAACUCUGUGCUAAAAAACCUCAAAAUAGAUAUGAAAAUCUUGAUGGAUGUUUGCCAGCUAAACUCAAUUCAGAGGAGUUUGAAAAAUCAACUAGUAACCUUGGAGAUGCAGUGAGCAUUAAGCCUGCUUUUGAAUCUUCAUAUAUUGCUGGUGGCCAUUCUGAAGGUCAUUGUCAUGGAAUGAUAAUUUGCUCUAGACGUGGGAAAAACUUCUCUAUUGUGGAAGUUGAUGGGAAAACUGAUGUUUGUAAAGAAUGUGCUCGAAAAAUUUCUACAGGAUUAGCUGAAACUACUGCACUCAUGACUCUGAAUAAAGCACUUCAAUCUGAAAUGCCUCUUGGGACAGAUCAACUGUGUAGCAAGCUGCAGCUUAAAAAGGGGAUGACUGAAUUGUCUGAGAAGAAUAGUGGUCAGGCUGUGCUUGAUCAACAGGAAACAGACGAUGAGCAGGGUCCUGAUUGCAUUCCAGAUAGUUUGCCUCUUCAGUUUGUGCUGGAUGAAAGGAAGAAAGUACCUGCUGAACAGAAGUCAGAUGAUCAGCUAGAAGAAAAUGCUACCAGGUGUCAAGAUAGCAAAUUCAAUAGAUCACAAGAUAGUCCCCACCAAAGCCUAAUGAUUGAUAGUCUUGAUGGAACAGGUGCAUCUGUACUUCUAUUGCAAAGGUCAAACAGCAGUAGGUUGAAUGGUAUGCGAGGGAGGUCAUUUUCUGCUAGAAAUAUAUUUUGUUCCAAGCCUUCUUUUGUGAGUGAUAAUACAAGUGCCAUGAUAUGCAGCAAUGAAAGGGAUAGUUCUUCAGCUUCUUCUGUUGAUCUGCGAUCAUCUGGACAAAUGGAGGUUUAUGAUCAACAGCAGUUCAACAGCCGGAAAGGAGAGAGAGAAAAUUUGAGAAGCAGUUAUGAUGCAAAAGCUCUAAACACUGGUCUAUCACUUCCAAGUGUUAAAUUAAAUUCCCAUGAAGCUCUGGUUCACACCAACAAUAAAGCUAAAGAAAAUUUUAGCAGCUCUGCUGGAAAUCUGGAAUGUGAGGCCUUAGGAGAAACAAUGUUAGUCACUGAAAAUCAUAAUGAUUCUUUGGAAACUGCAGAAUUACCUGUAAACCGAUCCCCAUCUUUUACGCAAUUUCUUCAUGACAGGGGCAUCUUUGUUCAUGCUGAUUGCUGCAAGGAUGUAGAUGCUUCUGCUUCUAAACUUUUGAGUCACCCACAAAGUAACUAUUUGCAUGGUAUUCCAACUGCAGAUUAUUCAAAUGAUGAGGACUGUGUUUCAUGUGUGAGUGAUGAAAUCAUCCACGAGAAUCAUAGGAGAAUAACAGAUAAAGAAAAAUCAGCUGAUAUUUCAGAAUCCUCUAUAAUCGAGGAAGAAUAUAGAAUGAGUAAUUUCUGUAAACUUGACCAUAAUGAUGCUCCCAGACAUAGCUCUUGCAACAUGAACAUGAGCCUUGAUAAUGAUCAUGACUGCUUACAAACUUCACAAAUAGAGCGUACAGACUCUUGUAAUACAAGGGUGUUAGAGGCUUCUUGUGAAUAUACUGUUUCCACAACAUCAGAGAAGGAUGUGUUGGCUUUGGCACCAGAUUCUAGCAUUAUCGAUCAUGCUCAUGGUGUCUAUGGGACAGGACUAGGUACACCUAUUGUGCCAAGUGUUGGUACCAAGGGAGUGUAUCAUAUUGACACACAGUACAGUACAUACCAGUUGAUUACAAAAAAAUCAGAUGUGUGGACAGUAGAGGAUCAAAGAGAACAUAUAGAAGAAUCGACUUUAAUCAAGCAUGAGAACCAAAGGGGACAAAUGUCAGGAAGUAUGACUCUGGAAGAAGCAACUGAUACCAUACUCUUCUGCAGUUCUAUUGUUCAUGAUCUGGCCUAUAAAGCUGUGACCAUCGGGAUAGAAAAUGAGUUGAUGCUUAGCGAGGCCUCCCGCCCUACAGUUACUUUACUUGGAAAAUGUGUUCGUGACCAAAAGGACUUGCAAAAGAUUUUUAGAAGAUGUACUCCAAAAUCACAUAAAGCGAAAGAGAAAAGGAUGAAGGUUAAUACAUUGGCCCCAUCUUUGGAUUUGGAAAACAAUGCAAAUAUCGAAGAGUCCACGCCCAUCCAUUCUGAGGUUACAAUCCAAGCCAACAGCAUAAAACCUCCAGGGUUGGAAUCAAAGUGUAGCUGUACCAUAAUGUAGGGGGCUCAAGUUCCAUUCACAGCAUAUGCUCAUGACAACCACCAGACAGCUGCUCUUUUACUUGUAGAGAUCUAUACUUUUGCAGGGAAAUCUAUACACUCCAUUCAGAUUUAUUUGUAUAAACGAUGAUGUGGUCAUGUAAAUUUAUCUGUUUUUUUUUGUUUCUAUAAGUUACACAAGAGCGAAUCAGAGGUUUGUAGGGGUUCCUGCCAUUUUUGGUUUCUCUUUCUGCUUUUAUUGUUCACUUGUAGUUUGAGCUACUCUUUUAAUUUAAUUUAUUUCUUUUGUAAUCUUUCUGCCAUUC